AAAUGAAUUGCACUAAUUGCUCUUCUUUACCCAAUUUAGAUAGCUGCAGAAAAAUUAAACCAGAGUUUAAAACAUUGCAUCUAACACUAUAAAAACAGUUAUUGUGGUAUUAUAAUCUAACCUAGUUAGAGUGGUGUUAAACUGCAGCCUAACUGCAUUUUGCCUUUUGCGCUUUCGCUGCAGUUCAAUUGCAGUUAUUUUUCGUCCCUUAUGUGGACCUUUGGAAAUUGUCUUAAACAGUGGAUUUCCCCAGUUCAGACGGAAAGGUUUUCAUAUAGGCUACUCAGAAGAUGCAGUCAACCAAAUACAAUGGGGAAAGACCAGAAAUGAUACAGAAAAUAUACUACCCCACUACAAAUAUUCAAUGAGGGAGCUUCAUUAUUUUUCAGCAGGGAGACCUUGUUUUAGUAGGAGUUGGAUCGUCAAAACCAGUUUGGGAGAUUAGAGAAUUACUGCAUCACGCUGUGUGCUCCGUUGAUUUGUCGCUCACUUGUCUUUGACUGUUUCCAUUCAUCUGCAUGUUGCCGGUGAGCUGGAAAAUCUAGAGAGGGACAGAGAGGAGAGAGGAGAGAGGAGAGGGGUGUCUGAGCAAAGCAACCACAAUGAGCCAAAUUGUGAACAUUACAGCACGUAACUGUAACACAGCUCCGGUGGUCAUUUCUGCACAGAAAGGGUGAGCUUCAGAAGUGCCAAGGUCCGUAUCCAGCAUUCUUGAAGCCCACAAAACUCAGGUCUCUGACAAGGAGAGGCACAGAUAGGGAGACGGCGGGUGAAGGCGGUAGCUAAAGACAUGGUAUCUGUGCAUGCAUGUAGAAUGGCAGUAAGGCAGAUGAGCCUGUGAAGAGACAGACCCUGCUGUGUAAACACACAUCAUACCCAGCCACCAAACCCCAGAGUCAUGGCUUUCACCUUGUCUGAAAUCAUGGCUGCAAGGCGGCAACAGCAUGGUGGUAGAGUGGCAGUCGACGUGGAUGAGCACAGCGCCAAUCCAACCCAGGCCUUUACCUUUUAUAACAUCAACCAGGGCCGUUUCCAGCCACCGCACGUGCAUAUGGUGGAUCCAUUACCCCAUGAUGCCCCGAAGCCACCUGGGUACACCCGGUUUGUCUGUAUUUCAGACACACACUCCAGGACAGAUGCCAUUCAGAUGCCAUGCGGAGAUGUCUUCAUCCACGCUGGAGACUUCACUGAGCUGGGCCUGCCCAGUGAAGUCAAGAAGUUCAAUGACUGGCUGGGUACUUUACCGUACGAAUAUAAAAUAGUCAUUGCUGGUAACCAUGAGCUGACCUUUGACCAGGAGUUCAUGGCAGACUUGAUCAAGCAAGACUUUUACUAUUUCCCUUCAGCGUCAAAACUGAAGCCAGAGAACUAUGAAAACGUUCAGUCCUUGCUCACAAACUGCAUAUACCUUCAGGACUCGGAGGUGGCUGUGAGGGGCUUCAGGAUAUACGGGUCCCCGUGGCAGCCUUGGUAUUAUGGGUGGGGCUUUAAUCUUUCACGGGGACAAGCCCUUUUGGACAAGUGGAACCAAAUCCCUGAUGGCACAGAUAUUCUCGUAACACAUGGACCACCACUGGGUUUCCUGGACUGGGUUCCCAAAAAAAUGCAGAGGGUAGGCUGCAUGGAGUUGUUGAAUACUGUACAGAAACGGGUACAACCAAAACUUCACGUUUUUGGGCACAUUCAUGAAGGUUAUGGGGCAAUGACUGAUGGGACUACAACUUACGUGAAUGCAUCAGCGUGCACUGUGAACUUUCAACCCAUGAAUCCACCAAUAGUGUUCGACAUGCCCACCCCAAGAAGCACAUGAUUGUAAAAGCACCUUUUUCUUUUUUUUUUUACCUUUAUUUAAAAGAGGAAACUAUGUUGCCCCUCCAAUCUGGAUUUAUAUUUUGUUGCUGGAAUAAUAUUGUAAUAUAAUAAUAUUGUAAGUAUGCCAUUGGCCAUACAUUUAGUGCUAUACCCUUUGAUGAUUUUCACUAUAUUCUGUAACUUUGUGAACUUCAUUACUGAUUCACUCCACUAUUCAUCUAGCUAUUCUGUUUUCAAUAAAUUGCUUUACUUUACAAGGGUUGUUAUAUAUUGUUAUUGAUACACCAUGAACUUUUGAAUUAUUGAGGUUGAAUUUACCAGGUAAUUUCAGACAAACUUCGGGGAUGAUAGUCUUCAAUAAUUUUACACCUUGAAUCUUCACGAAAAUAAGUUAUUUACUUUUUCUGGGCUGUAAGAAGUGGACUGAUUACCUCACAAUGAAAGGAUUUUUGAACAGCAGCUUUACGUCAGGAGAUUGAGUAUUUGUACAUAUAUUUGCAUUGCACCUGCAUCUUAUGUUUUGAAUUUUACAGCCUUGGUUUUAUAGAGCUUGCAAGUGUGUGUUUUUUUUUUUUAAAUUUAUAUUUUUAAUUAGAAAAUAUAAUUUCAGAAAAUGACAGCCAUUUGCAUGGUUGGAUGGUGAUUAGGAGCAGGUAUAACACAAAUGGCAUAUAUACAUAAUAAAGCAGUUUAAAAUAAAAAAAAAGAACUUAAGGCAUUUUCAAGUCUUACUAGUAGAAGAUGGAUUGUGGGACCACAUAUCAAUCAAUCAAUCAAUCAAUCUUUAUUGUAUAUAGCGCCUUUCAUAGUGGACCACCAUCACAAAGUGCUAUACAGUAAAAAAACAAUGCAUAAUACAUUAAAUACAGUGAAAAGUGCAUAAUACAUGAUAGUAGCAUAAUACAUGAAAUAAUAGCAGCAACACAGCAGCUAAUAGCAGAUAUCAGGCUUAAAGAGCAUGGAAAGCAAGAGAGAACAGGUGGGUCUUUAGAGCUGAUUUAAAGUGAGCGACGGUGGGAGCAUCACUCACCAAAGCUGGGAGAGAGUUCCAAAGAGUCGGAGCCAUGAAGCUAAACGAGCAUUCUCUAUGUGUAGUGCACUUUUGCUUGGGGAUAACAAGCAGGCCAGAGUUGGAGGACCUCAACUUGCUGGCAGGGACAUAGCGGGUCAGCAGGUUGAGGAGGUACUCGGGACCUGUGUGAUGAAGGGCAUUGUAGAUGAGCAGGAGAGUUUUGAAAAUAAUCCAGCCAGUGCAGCUGGGCAUGAUGGGGGUGAUGUGAUCAUGUUUUUUUACAUCUAAGGAUCUUGGCAGCGGCAUUCUGAACUAGCUGCAGUCAGUUUAUGGUGCGUGACGGGAGACCAUCAUAUAGAGAGUUGCAGUAGUCGAGUCGAGAGGAGACAAAUGCAUGACAAAGUAUCUCCGCAUCCGGUAGGGAAAGGUAGGGACGGACUUUAGAGAUGUUUCAAAGAUGGUAGAAGGAAGAUUUGACCACGGAGGAGAUGUGGGCAUCAAAGGAGAAGUACACCAAGGCUUCGUACUGUGGGGGAAGGCAGCAGCAGACAGUUUCUGAGGUUCAGGGCAGCUAUGUUGAGAUUCUUAAGUUGAGUUUUAGAGCCUACUAAAAGGAGUUCAGAUUUUCUAGUGUUCAGCUGAAGAAAAUUGGCAGACAUCCAGGCCUCAAUGACUUGAAUGCAAGCAGAGAGCCGGGCCAUGGCAGAGAGGCUACCAGGGUCAUUUUAAAUAGAGCUGGGUGUUGUCAGCAUAGGAGUGAAACAUGAGGCUGUGUUGGUGGUUGAAGUGUCCCAAGGUAAGCAUGUAGAUAUUGAAGAGAAGGGGCCCAAGAACAUAUCCUUGGGCGACACAACAAGUGGCUGGGUUUGCAACACCACUGCAUCCAGCAUAGAAAUAGUCUUUUAGGCACAAUUUGGCUACUAUGAUGUGCAAUACAUGUGCAAUAAAUGACUCAUGAAUAAGUGAUGCGCAGGACCCAGAUUUAAACUGGAGCCGUCCUGUGCUCUGUGCUUUAUCACUGUUUUAUCCCCUCGCUGUCUGGUUCAAUUCCACACCGGCCCUGUCAUUCCAGAGGUUAUCUUAGUAUACAUUGAAUCCGACAAUACCAGAGACAUGCUUUUAUUUUUUAUAUUUUCUUAUCAGUGUGUGGUGGUUAAAACACUAGUAGUUUUGUUGUAUUACUUUUAGUGCAAUCCUAUGGACACAAAAUUUCGCAAUAGAAUAUGUUUAGUUUGCUGUUAACAUUUGUGGGGCAACAGCAAUUGAAAAAAAAUAGUUCCACAACAAUAUCCUAUUUAUGAGGAAAACCUAUAAAUGUCGCUUAUUUAAUUGUAGGAAGAGACUUAGGCACUAAUGUUUUGGUAGUUGAACAAAUAUAAAUAUAAUUGAGUAUGAUUGUAAUAAUCUUGUGUCACUGGUGUUUAAUCCAGUUUUAUCUUGUGCAUCAUAAGUGACUCAUUGUUUGCAUUGCUUUUGUCGUAUUUGGAUCCAGUUAAUUAGAAAACGUACUGUAUGUUUGGUGCUGGUCUUUGGUGUAAUAUUAAGCCACGUAUACUACUUUAUAGAACUGUAUGCAGGUAUGAUUAUCAUCCUUCAUGUUACAUAAACAAAACAUGUUUUAUUGAGUUAAGAAAUUAAAGUUGAAUUUUUUAGAAUGUUCCCAGUUGUAUGUAUUUUUUAUGCUUUUAAUGUACAUCACUAUUUUCAUGAUUUUAUUUAUAAAACUUCUACAAUGUGUUUUACUUCUACAAUGUGUUUUAAUAAAAGUGUUUCCC